UAUGGGAACGGCUGAGGCUGUUUAUUCUCCUGCUCAAGGUCUUAUUUGGGCUGUUGGACCUCCAGCAUAUCUUUCCAAUUUUCUUUUGGCAACAUUGACAGCUUUACACAUGAAAGCUAUAAAGCUCUUCAUGUCUACAAUCAAGGUGUUCUCCUCAACAUUGCACUUGUGAGUGCAUGGCUGCUGUGGCGGUGCUGACCUUCCUGGUUGAAAUCUCCUUAUGCCUGAUCCCUGGGGCAGCGGUGUCGUUAGACCCGGGUGUCCGAGUAUACAGCCCUGAAUGUUUUAUGAAUAGCCCCGGAUCUCAUUCUUGGUGGUAGCUACUAGCUAAUUCACUAAGGCAAGACUUGAAGGCUAUGGAUAUAAGAAGCUUUUUCAAAAAUAAAAAGGAUGGAGGCAACGAGGCACAGGCGAGGGGAGAGGAGGUGGAGGAGGACGUGAGAGUGCUACUGCCUCAUCUACAAGCUCAAGUUGGUGAAGAAGAGGGCUCUUUUAGCUAGUCUAGCUCAGUGGCUCUCAAACAAUUUUGUCACAAGGCACUCCAUUUGUGUCUGAGAAGAACAAUUCCUCCGUGAGAUACAAGACGAACUGUGCAGCAUCAAACUCUGCCGUAUGAAAACAGUAGCAAAAAGAGAAAAAAUCCCAAGGAUCAUCAGGACUGUCCCAGCUGCACCCGGGCCAUCAGUUGGCCGUUGUUUACCAGCUGUACGAACUGUUGUCAAAUGUCUGUUUCGAGUGCUACGAGGAACUACCCAUGUCCCAUCCCCUCAGUCCAUCCCUCCAUCUGAACAAAUUCGGCCAGUCGAAUUAUAUACAAGAAAAAAGAUGAUUGUCCGAGUCCAACUGCCCAUCAACAACAAAGCUCUUCCAAAACCACUUCUCUGGUGACUCCCAGCUCAUUCAUGUCCCGUAUCAUAGCGCGGCCCAUCUUCUGUGCUGUGUGACCCUGGUUCCUCCCACCCGCUGUCUGCCAACCUCCGCAGUGAAGCUGUCUGUUCAGGUACUCCUCCUCGGUCAGGCUGUGAUGCCAAAUCUCUACAGACCCUCUGCUACCACCCAGGAAGGUUUUCAUUCAGCCAUCUAGAUGAACUUUCAGGAAUGCUGGAAACGGGAUCUGGGAUUUGAUGUUCUUCUCCCUUAGCUGCUUUUUGCUGUCCCCAUAUUCACCUCAUCUCCUCUGCAACUCUGGAGGAUUGUUUUUUGCAAAACCUAUGAGAUCGAAGCGCUACGUGACCAUGUUGGACCCAUUUCAGCAUCGCUAUGGCAACAUGUUCACCACAGCACUAUUGCUUCCUGCUUUGGCAAGUGAUAUUUUGUGGGUUGCCUGCAUCCUUGCUGCUCUGGGGGGAACCAUGAGUGUAAUUCUCGGGCUUUCGUCUACCAUCUCCAUCAUAAUCUCGGCCGCUGUCUCCAUCAUCUACACUUUUUUAGGGGGUCUCUACUCUGUGGCAUAUACCGAUAUCAUCCAGCUUUCCUUCAUCUUUGUCAGCCUGUGGCUCUGUAUUCCCUUUUUGAUACUCUGUCCUGCUGUUACUGACAUCUCACAAACAGCCCUUGUCAACCAAUCAAGUGGCAUCUCAUGGAUCGGAGAGCUGGAGCUGGCUGAUGCAGGAAAAUGGGCAGACGAGAUGCUGUUACUGGCUUUAGGGGGACUGGCCUACCAAGCUCUACACCAGAGGAUCCUCUCUGCAGGCUCCUCGGCUCAGGCUCAGGUCACCUGUUUUGCUGCUGCUGGGGCAGUUUUUGUUAUGGGAAUCCCUUCAGUUAUCAUUGGAGCUGUGGCUGCUUCUGCAGACUGGAACCAGACAGCGUACGGUCUACCCCCUCCUUAUGAACGUGGGGAGGCAGGGAAGAUCCUGCCGUUGGCCCUGCACUACCUCACACCCACCUGGGUGUCAGUGUUAGGCAUUGGUUCUGUGGCUGCAGCAGUUAUGUCCUCCAUGGACUCUGCGCUGCUGUCAUCAGCAUCUAUGUUUACACAAAACAUAUACAAGACGACUUUGAGGAAGCAGGCUUCAGAGCGAGAACUGCAGCGGGUGAUCCGUGUUAGCGUGCUGGUGGUGGGCCUGGCUGGAACAGGCCUGGCCUUUGAUGAUGACAGUGUGUUCUCUCUCUGGCUGGUAAGCGGGGACCUACUCUACUGCAUAGUCCUCCCGCAGCUCGUUUGCGUGCUGCACUUCCGCUGUGCUAACAGCUACGGGGCUAUCAGCGGCUACGUGGGAGGGCUGCUGCUCCGUGUGCUGAGUGGGGAGCCGUUACUCGGGAUCCCUCCUGUACUUCUUUUCCCUGGCUGGAGAGAGCAGGAUGGAGUUAUCAAACAGUACUUUCCCUUCAGGACUGUCGCCAUGCUUUGCUCUCUGAUGUGUCUUAUUAUAGUUUCCUGGCUGACAGAGCUAGGCUUUCGCCACCAACUAAUUCCUCAGUCCUGGGAUGUACUGGGGGUGUUUAAAGAGAGAAGAGAGGCGGAGGGGGAGAAAAUACCUGUUCAUCAAGAGGCGAUGGACUUUAUUCAUAAUACAAAACUCUAGGCUUAACUUAAGUACAACCUCAGCCAAAGUAUACACAAACCUCUUUUUAUGCAUAUUCCUACCAGCCUCCUGCUCUGCACAGACUAUUUAUACACGCUCUUAUAUGUACUGUAUACUACACAUGUUUAAAACUAAAUUAUAUAUGAUUUUAAAUCCACCAAACUCUGACCAGCGGUAUGUUUAGAGUGAUUUAAGGAGGCAGUUGAUAGGUGUGUCCUUUUAGCAGAACAGUAUUAGUCAAAUAAAUUUUUAUUUGUAUAGACCAAUAUCACAAAUUUGCCAUUAUAAAAAAACGUUUAACAGGGAAAACACUGAAGACACAUCAGGAAGAGCAACAGAGGAGGGUCCCUCUUCCAGGAUGGACAGGCAUACAACAGAUGUUAUCAGUUGACAGAGUUAUAUAUAGAUUGAUAGCAUAUAUGAAGAAUAUGAUAAGGUGGAAGGUAAAAUGACCAGAGUGUGUUACCCUCAACAAAGCAAUCAAUCACUGGUGGAAAUGGACUGAAUAAUGAGUAACACUUAAAGUUUGGAAGUUAAAUUGAAAAUAUAUGACGGCAACACCUCCACCUUGUUUAGUAGCCCGAACAACAUGGACAUUAACAGGGCCACAUAUGAAGACCUCAGGAUUCUGAUCUUGAUGUUAGAAUUCAUUUGUUCACAUGAACUCACUUGGUCCUAUUCCUUGUUAAUUGAACCUCUUUCCUUAGUUGUUAAUCAUAGCACAAACUUUUCCAUAUGUACUUUUUAAUCAAACCAACUGGUGUUUAUUUAAAUGUGUGAUCAUUAGACAUUCCUAGGCUUUGUACAAAGCAGUUCUACCUCUCUGCAUUUAAUAAGCACAUGAGGGAGGGGAGCUUAACUGCUAUUGGUGAUGCAACACCUGAGAUGUUGAGGGUGAGUGUUCAUCAGAAACAAAUUGUUUAGCAGACAAGAGUUAAGUGUUUCCCAUUAUUUGAUGUUUUAGAGGGAUCAUCGGGACCAUCAAGAUAUAAAAAUAUAACUGCUAUUUUUUUAGAUGUUUUGUGAUUGGAAGUGUUCAUAAAAAAUUAAAUAUAA